AUGGAUACUACACUCCACGAAAACUCCAAGGCGGCCCAUAGCUUUCGUCGCUUCAUCCAAGAGCUUCAAGACGAGAACGAUCGCGUUGUGAUAGACGAGGAGAUUGACCCUCACCUGGAACUUGGAGCUAUCGUCCGCAACGCCUACGAAACAGAAGACAAAGCACCACUUUUCAACAACGUCAAAGGCGCCCGGUCCACUGGUCUCUUCCGCAUCUUGGGUGCGCCUGUAGGAGCCAGCAAGAUCCCUGGAAAACGAUUCAUCCGCAUCGCCAAGUCCCUUGGUCUCCCCUCAACUGCCACUGGGCAAGAGAUAAUCAACAAAAUCCAUGAGGCGAAGAGACUACCCAAAAUACCAUCUAAGGAGGUCAAUUCAGGCCCUGUGAAAGAGUUCAAGAUCUUUGGCGAUGACAUCGAUCUUAGAGCGCUCCCGUCGCCUCUUUUACAUCAGAACGAUGGUGGUAGAUUCAUCCAGACUUUUGGAAUGUUUAUCGUCGAAACUCCUGAUGGGUCGUGGGUCAACUGGAGUAUUACUCGAGGCAUGAUCAACGAGAACGACCCCAAGUCUUUGAUCUGCCCAGUCAUUCCAAGACAGGAUAUCGGCGUUAUUCGCAAGAUGUGGCAAGAUCAAGGUAAAGACAUGCCCUAUGCGCUAUGCUUUGGUGUUUCACCGGCUGCUAUUAUGGUGAGCGGCAUGCCUAUACCCAAGGGUGAGAAUGAGGCGGCUUUCAUCGGUACCCUAACAGGUAGUCCUAUCGAGGUUACAAAAUGUGAAACCAGCAAUAUCCGUGUCCCAGCUGAUGCAGAGAUCAUCUUCGAAGGGACAGUGUCUCGAACUGAAACAGCCCCUGAGGGACCCAUGGCUGAAUACCACGGUCAUAUCUUCCCCGGAGAGGCUAAGCCUUGCCCCUUGUUUAGAGUCGAUGCCAUCACUCACCGCAAAGAUCCAAUUCUACCUAUCUGUAUCACUGGAAGAGCCCCUGAAGAGAGUGAAACCGUCUGGGGACUUACUCAGUCGGCUGAGGUGCUGACAAUCUGCCAAAAUGCUGGAUUGCCUAUUAAAAUGGUUUGGAACCCAUUCGAAUCUCACUGCAUCUGGUUCGUUCUUCAGGUCGAUAGAGCUAAACUGCGAGCUAUGAACACGACUAUGGAGGAGUUUUCCAAUAAGGUCGGCCACCUUGUUUUUGCAUCCAAGCCCGGCUUUUACAUCCCUACCAUUUAUCUGGUAGGAGACGAUAUUGAUCCUACCAACUUCCGAGAUGUUGUCUGGGCUGCUGCCACGAGAUGUCAACCCAAGGCAAACGAGUUCUUCUUUGAUGAAUAUCCUAGCAUCCCCCUAAUUCCAUAUGUUGGCUAUGGGGUCAAGACUUCGAAGCAUGCUUACAAGGUUGUUCGAUGCUGCUUGUUUCCCAGCGAGUUCAAGGAUGAGAGUUUAGUGUGGAAGGAAGCUUCUUUCCGUGGUAACUACCCCAAGGAGGUUCAGGAGAAGGUCAAAAGUCGAUGGUCGUCUUAUGGGUUUUAG